GACAAAGAGAACACAUGAUAUUUGAAAACUUAUUAUGUCUCGAUACUAUAGACAAUAAUUUUAUAGAGGAUGUGGUUGACGAACCACAAGCAACUUUAAAAGCUAUUUUAGAUAAUAAUAAACAUCAAACAUUAUUGAAAUGUAGAGAAUUCAUAGGAUUGGUAGGCUUUCAUUUAUCUAUAAAUACUACAAUUCAAGUAGAUUUAAAUCUUCAAAGUUUAAGAAAGUUUCAAAGUUCUAACUAUCCUACAAGCAUUCAAAAGGUUACUUCUCAAAAAAAUAGAUUUGGAGUUACUUUUUUAACAGCUAAAACUACAAUUAACGUUGCUUUGGAAACUAAAAGUGAUUAUGAAUUAGUUCAAUUACUAAAAGACUUUAUUUCAGCUAAACGAAAUGUUGAUAAUGACAAUUAA